UUCCGUUUUUUUAUUUUGACAAAACUGCUCAUUUAAAGGCAUUUAGGGUCUGAAGACCUGUUAGUGCAAGCCAUCUAUUUAGAAGGUUUUGGUUGACAACAAUAAUUUAAAAGUGUGGUUGGUUUGAAUUUUGAUUUCCUGGCUUAUAACAUCACUGGUUUCCUUGCAUACGGUCUUUUUAAUAUAGGAAUGUUCUGGAUACCAACUGUAGAGCAUCAGUAUGAGAAGCAGCACCCUGGUGGAAUAAACCCUGUUCAGCUAAACGAUGUUGUUUUUACAUUACAUGCUAUUGCAGUCACCUUGGGGACGAUAUUUCAGUGCCUUAUAUAUGACCGUGGAGGUCAAAGAGUGUCCAAUAUUUGCAAGGUACUUGUUGCUGGUUCAUGGUUAUUCGCAGCCAUAGCCCUGGUGGUUACCUUAACUAACAAGAUUACUUGGUUGACGUACCUGUAUUACUUCUCUUAUAUAAAGAUAGGAGUAACGCUUAUUAAAUACAUACCACAGGCACUAAUGAACUAUCGUCGUCAAAGCACCUCAGGCUGGAGUAUUGGGAAUGUUUUGCUUGAUUUUACUGGAGGUUCAUUUAGUAUUCUACAGAUGUUUUUGUUAGCUUACAACAAUGAUGACUGGAAAUCCAUUUUUGGUGAUUUUACAAAGUUUGGCCUUGGGGCUAUAUCUAUCAUGUUCGAUACAUUAUUUGUGGUACAACACUAUUGUCUAUAUCCAUCCAAAGAAGGUUAUAAUCCCAUUGAUGGUCGUCAUGAGGUCACAAUGCCUGAUGGAAGUCUAGAUAGACCAGUUGAAGGGUCUCAAGAGCCCUCAGUUAACCGAAAACAUUUAUUUAUAUGAUGCUAAACAACUUAUGCAAAUCAUAUGAUCAUUUAAAUUGACAGCAAGAUUAUAAUGUCGAUGACAAUCCAAACUGUGGAUGUAAGAAAAAUGAAUGAAAAGCUGUUAAUUGAUGCCCACCAACAAUAGUUUAGUCAAGGUAGUACGGCAGCAAGAGAAAAUGAACUAAGAGAAGGAAUCCCCGUGCCCCAUCAUGUGCACACUUUGUUGCUUUUUUUAGAAUCAUUGAUGCUAUUUUUAACUCGUUACCAUGCCCGCACGAUGGUCAUGCUUCUCUUUGAUGCCUCGUUUUAGGACACGAAAAGCGCCAUAUUUCACUACGUUCACGACAAAAACAGGCUUUGUUUACUGCAACACUGGAAGCCACCUACCCUCAAGGAAUCAACCAAUCAGGUUCAUCGCUCAAAAUAUCUCCAAGCUAAAAAUAGCAUCAAACUGUGCACAUGAUGGUUACAAGGAUAUAUAGGUAGGAUUCCUUCUCUUAGUUCAUAUUCUCUUGACGGCAGAGUUUCAGUAUCUGAAAUCCUGGAGACCAGGAAAAAGGCAGAAUAACAGAGGUUCAAGAUAUAAAGGUUGAAACAUUAUAGCGAGGCAAGUCUACAGAAUGCCACCUCAAGUUUGAGAUAAUUGGAAGUUUGAGAUAUCUGGGGUACGAGAUAACAGGACUCCCAGGACUCUGCUGCAUUUUUGUUUGUGUAAGACUUAAAAUAAAUAGGGUAAUAGAAAAAGAUCCCCCACCUUUACACUACUAUGGAAAUUAUGUCUCAAUACAAUAAUUUUGUGUACUUCAGUAUUUAAGAAUCAGACUGGUGUCUAACUGCUAAUAGUAAUGUUAAGGUAGUAAAUAGAGUUUUAAAAUAAUUUUUUAAAACUUUCUUUGUAAAUAUGCAAAAUGACAGCAGGCACUGACAUAAAUAAAUAAAAUAAAAAAAGACUUAAAAAUGGAAUUUGAAAUAAAUAUUUUAUUAUCUUCCUAAAAUGUAUUUUACAUUUGAUAUUAAUAAACCUGGUCUACAGACUCCUA